AUGGACCACUGCAUGAUCAAUGUUGGGCAAAAUUUUAUAUUCCAAUACACAGUUUGCAAAGAGGCAUGGCCAAUUACCACUAAACCAAAAUCCCCUGGUAGCUAUUUGUGCUCUCGCUGUUCUAGGGAUAAAAACACACCAAAAAAAUUUUCUGAUGCUAACAGCAUGAUUCCAGGACCAGUACCAGUUGAGUUGCAAGGCCUAACUCAAACUGAAGAAAUGCUCAUUGCUCGAGCUCUGCCUAUAAUGAGGGUUUAUAUCAAACCAGGUGGGCAAAUGGGGUAUUCAGGGCAUUGCAUUAAUUUGCCUCAACAUAUCGAAGAGAUUGCAUCAUUUCUGCCAAGAUAUCCCAGGGACUUGUCUAUUAUUGUAGUUAAGAUGAAGGGUAAAGAUAACACAUUCAAAGAUGUUAAGGUCAGAAGAGAGAAAGUGCAUCAUGCAUUGCUAUGGCUUUUGAGAAAUAAUCCGCAUUAUACUAAUGUGACUAUCAAUCAACAUGCUUUGGAAUCACUCCCUAUUGAUGGUGUUCCAUCUGAUAUAAUGACAGUUGCGUCUGAUAUUUUAUCAGAUGAAAAUAUUUUGCCUGACUUAGGCCCUUGCAGUGAUAACAAUGAAGACAAAGUCUACAAUGAGACAACAGAAACGAGUAAAGGGGAUCCAACAAAUCCAUCACUUUUAAAGGACAUUCCCUUAGGUGAGAAAGUAAAGCAUCUUGUUAAAUUUGCUGAGCAGAUUAAUGGCAAAUGGAUUUUCCGAUUUGCCAGUCAUCCUAGGUUUUGUUAUUGGGCAUUUAAUAUGAUACAGAGAAAACGAACCUUGCAACAAAGUGGAAUGUUUCUUAAGCAAAAUCCAGGUGAAGCUCACUUGACAAUAGAUGAACUGCGUGAAAUGGCAGCAGGUGAUAACAGUAAUGCAUUUAUUUCUAAGAUAUCUCGAUAUGUAGCAAAUAUUGCUGGCUCUAAUGCUUACUGGUAUAAGGUGAGAGAAGAUCUCAAAGCCAUUGUCACAACUGUUGGGACUCCUACUUUUUUCUUUACAUUUUCUUCGGCUGAUAUGCAUUGGCCAGAGUUGCAUAGGCUAUUAGGAAAUAGAAAUGGCACUAGUGAAGAAAGGCUACAAGCUGUGAUAAAAAAUCCACAUUUAGUAGAUUGGUUUUUUACACAAAGAGUAGAAAGCUUUAUCAAACACUGGUUGUACAAAACACUUGAUGCAAAGUGGCACUGGUAUAGAUUUGAAUACCAGGCAAGAGGAAGCAUACAUUGCCAUGGCAUUGCUAAACUAAACAACGACCCUGGUUUGUGUGAUCUCACCAAAACUGCCCUUAAAGGAUUCCUAGCUCAAAAAUACAAAGAUGAGAACAAAGAUAAAAAUACAUCUGAACUUGACAAUGAUAUUAUUGGUAACAAAGCUGCUGAGACAGCUUGUAAGUAUGUUGACUGGUUGCUUUCCACAGUUAAUCCAAAUCCACCAGACAAUGCUUUAUGGGUAAGACCAAGAAUUCAUCUAUGUCAAAAGGAUUAUCAGGAUGUUGCAGAUUGUGAUAUGCAUGAUGAUUUUUGUGAUCUGUUAAAUAUGGUUCAGCGCCAUACACGUUGUAGUACUAGCUAUUGUCUAAGAAAAAAGACAACAGAUUCUGAACCAAAAUGUAGGUUCAAUUUUCGAAUGGAUACAUGCUCUAAAACAAGGUUAGACUUUGAAGAAGUUCAUACUAAAGGUAAUGAGCCACAAUAUAAGGCAAGAAUUAUUACCAGAAGAAAUGAUUCUCGGCUAAAUAACAGCCAGCAGCUUCAACUACAAGGUUGGAGAGCCAAUUGUGACAUACAAGUAGUCAUCGACCAUUAUGCUUGUGUUGAGUACCUCACUAAGUAUGCUGCUAAGGGUGAACGCAGAACACCUAUGCUUAAAGCAGCAUUCAACAAAAUCAUGAAUAAUGCUCCAAGCAAUGAUAAUCCUCACAAAGCUAUUAGAAAAGUUGUUAUGAAAACUAUUGGUGAAAGAGAUUAUGCUACACAAGAAACAAUGCACCAUUUGCUCUCACUAAAGCUUCACAGCUCUAGCUUUAGAGUAAUAACAGUUAGUUUAAAUGGCUCUUGUAGGAUUAACACAUCAACACAAGAAGCAGACGUUUGCUCAAGCAAUUCUCUUCUUGAUGUCUAUGCUAAUCAUGCACAAUACAAUAAUGCAACUGUUACAACCAAAUUAAAUUUUGUUCAGUUUGCAACACAGUUUAGGGUUGUGAAUAACAAGCUAACCAGACUUCCAGAUGAUGUUAUUCCUAGAAUUUUUCCAAACUAUUCAUGUAAUCCAAGAGGGUCAAAUUUUCCUCAGUAUUGCAAAUAUCAGUUGUUAAGAUACAAGCCUUGGAAAAUAACACAAGAAAAUGCUUGGGAUGAUGAAGAACCAUCAGAUGAAAACAUGAUAAAUAAAUGGCAAGAAUUUCUUCAGACAGCAUAUGCAAAGGAAAAUGUCCCUGACUGGUUUGACAAACUGAUGAACAACCUGAAAAUAUUAGUGAAGAGUGGAUGA